AGCUGGUAUAAAACCACGGUCCAGCUGUGACGCCACGCAGAGCCUGGUGCAGCAUCGUUCGUGGUCAAGUCAGCUCAGUCCAGCAACAUGUCGUCCAGCGAUUUGGAUAUGGUCAACAGGGACCCAAACAACCUCAAUGACCACGUCAGGGUGCUGUUUGAGGAGGUUAUCGGUGAACCAGAGGGCGCCCACUCCAUGAAAUGUGUCUGGAAAAACUCCUACAAGUGCUUCAACUGCUGUAAAGGCUGCUGCUACAAGUUCCUGACCCUUAUCUGUGGCAUCCCGCUUGCCAUCUGCUGGGGAUGUGAGUUCGCCUACAUCACCUUCUGGCACGUGUGGUACGUCACCCCCUGCAUGAGGGCCUACAUGAUCAACUGCGGCUGUCUGCAGAAGUUCUAUGGCACCUGUCUACAAUGUUACCUCCAACCGCUAUGUGAGGCCUACAGCUUCCUGUUUAGCAACAUCCGGGUCACCAACUACACGGGAUAAACCCCAAACAAACACAAGCACUUUGUUGAGCUAGGAAGACAAGGACACAGCACUAUAGUACCCAGACCACACCGCCUUCCGUCAUCAAACACUCGUAUUUCGUUGUUUUCGAACCAUUUGCCUCCUGUAAUUUGGACUCACUGAAUACAUCUGCUAACAGUUUUAAAAAUUCAACUAUUUUUAUGUGAAGAUCUAGAUCAGCAAUUAGCACCAGUCCAACGGCAUACAUGCUGUCUAAGACUGACCAGCACAGUGCCACAAUGCUGUUUAUCACUGACCAAUGAGUACUAUAGUGCUGUGUCCAGUUAGUGAGGCUACCUGUGAUACCUACUAUGUUAUGUUUGCACACACCUUCAAGUUGCUCACUCUAAACAUUCAUUAUUGUAAAUUUGUUUAAAGAUGUGUGUCCAAUUGUAAAUCAUUUUAAAUAACUGCUGAUAUAAAUCGAAUAUUCCUCUCGGCAGGCACAGAUAAAAAAAACAUUGACUUUUUUUACUCUAACAUUAAUUAUCACGUUUUGGCAAAUGCAGCAAGAGAAAAAAAUUAAAUAAUUAUUACAAGCUACUUCUUUAGUUGGCUCGUUUUUUAAAUUAAAAAAAAAAUAUUUUUAUGUAUUUAUUUACCUACUUUUGGCAUAAAGUAACGCUACAUUAUACAUUGAAUAAUAAUAGUAGAUACUUUAGACAAAGUAUAUUUAUAGAUCUCAUAACAAACGAUAGUUUGUAUUUUUUAAGAUUUAUUUUUUAAUGUAUUAGAUGUUCUAUUCAUCGGAUAAUGUUGGGAACAAUUAAGCGUUGGAUGUUUUGAGAGUUUGUAUGACAUACGACGUGUGAGCGAGAGUGUGAGUUGUGUUGGUGUACAUAAACUGUUGAAAAAAAAACAACUAACGAUUGACUUGAUCAGUAUUGACAUGCCUUCAGGUCCCUGUGAGACUGACACGCAAGUUUUGGUUCUUGUAUAAAAAUGAAAGUUUGGAACUAAAUUUUCAUACACGUUUUAAUAAAAGUAUUUAAAUGUA